CUCUGAUUUCCUCAUUCCCAGUGGCACUGAGGCAGCUGUGACACUUCCAAACACAUUCCUAAUGGCAAAGCGAAAUGAGAGGGUGUGAGUGGCACAUCUCCCCUCAGUCCCCUGCUGUUGCGGCAGGGUGAUGUUUGUCUGUGAAUGUCUCACAUGGAAGUGGCAGGAGAGAAGUGAGAGAGGCAGAUUUAAAUGUAAAUAACCACAAAAACUGCCCAGGUCAGAGUCCACAUUUCAGAUCCUGCUGAUAAGAGGGUCUAAAAACACAACUGAGCAACCAAAUCUUAACUGCCCUGCUCCCACUGAGGGCCAUAGGAAGUUCAGCUCUUCCACUGAGGGAACCUGGCAUGCAGAGGAGCUGCUCUGGAGCUCUGCAGCAGCAUGUGAGGAGGCUGGAGAGCCCCCCAAACCCCCCUGCACAGAAUCCCCAGCUAAACCCGAACAGCAAUGAACGUGUACCCAAUGCUCAGGCGUGCACAAGGAGUGUCGUGGUCCCAUUUCUUCUGUGAUCCCUGAGAGGUGCCAGGAGACGCUGCAGCAGCCUCGGGGGGAUGCAGGAGCUGCCCAGGGCAGAGCAAUUAAAGCAGUUUUGGGCAGGGAUCCGGGGUCUGCAGGAAGGCAGAUUCCCCCUGGAGCAGCAGCUGUUGUGUAGGGAUAACUCCUGUCACAGCCAAGCUCUCAGAGGAGAUGAGAGGCUGAAGGAUCAGGCUGAGCACAGGGCCACAGAAGGAUUUUCUAAUUAAGCUUCCAGACUAAUUGAGAGCAUGGGAGCAGUGAGGAUGGGAGGGAUGUGGCAAGUGCUGGGUCAUUCCUGCUCUGACCCUCAGAAGAAAGUUUAUCCUCAGCCUCUUGUCCCUGUGCCUUUGCUUUACUCUCCCUCUGGAUUACGCCCGGUCUGGCUGGAGCAGACGGAGCCUCUUCCUUUGGGAAUCUUGGGUCUGGAAGCAGGGGGUUGUUUCCCCCAGGGGAGCUUGGCAGCACCUCCUGACCCUGAGGAAAUCUGCUGCUCAGCAGAAAGCAAACACAGCUCAAAAUCCUCCAGUCAGUACCUACACCCCCCAUGCUCAGCCUGCCUCUGCCUCCACCACCCCUCCCAGGUGGGCAAAUCCUGCAGAGAUUUCAGCACAAGCAUCCCAGGACUUUGUCUUCCAUCUCUUCCCAGCCAGCAGAGAACACAACGAGGUGGCAGAAGGGGAGAUGGCUGGGGUGGGGGGUGACACCACACCCAGGGAAAUCAGAGGGGUACAACAUUCCAGGGGCUGUUGGACAUGGCCAGUCCCUGUGGCUCGUCCCAGAAGGGCGACCUUGGGGCUGGGCAGGGUGGCACAGCUCAGGGAUUCCUUGGGAGCAGCCCUGCGUGGCUGGGGCAGGGGCUUGGGCAGGGGACACUGCCGUGCCACCAGUCUGGGGACAGCCAGGACAUCUUGGAGAGCUUCAAUCUGUGUGUGGCUGCCAGGAAGCCAGGGGGGGAUGAGCCCCGGACUUGCCUCCUGCUUGUCCCCUAGGGAAUGUGUCCCCUGGCUGGGAUGCCUUAGGGUCAUGGUCAGGCACUGGCACUCCUGGAUUGUCCCCACAUUGUCAGAGAACAGGCACCCACGUCUAGGAAGCCUCUGGGACACAGGGACUUGCAAGGAGAAAUGAGAGGAAGUUCUCGAAAUGAACUAAUGCAAAAAUACAGAUUUGCAAACAGGGGCCAGGAUCACCUUCUGUUGUUUGCUUGCAACUUCUGUCAUUCUGUCUGAAACAGCAUCUCCUCUUGUGCCAGUGGAGCCCAUGUGGCCACAGGGCACGGGAACAUCAGCCAAACCCUGCCUGGGCUGGCAGGAGAGGCUCGGGCGGGCUCUCAGCAUCAGCCCUUCCAGCGGCAGCUCCAGUUUCCAUCCCGCUCCACGGCCCCCCAUGCCCUGGCAUCGUCCCCAGCCCGGUGUCACCCCCUACCUGCCCCUGUCCCCAUCCCUCUGUGUCCUCACCCUCCCCACACGGGGCUCAGGCCACGGGGAUGUUUCAUUCCAGGCCCUUUCCCAUGGAGCCAGGGGCCAUCCUGCCCCCCUUGCCCUGCCCUGCCCUGGCCUCCACCACAUCCCUGCUCCCUCACUGGCCUGGGAGAUGCUUCUGCAGGGACAAGGACCUUUCCCUGCUGCUCUGGCAGCACUGAGAGCCCAAAGGAUUCCCUGGAUAGAAGCUUCCCUCCCCCUCACACACGGCACAGACCAAGAGGCCUCGUGGCUGCCAUUCACUGUCCCCCCGGGUACCAAAGGGGCCAGGUUCUGCUGGCCCUGCCCUGCCCGGUCCCGGGCCUGGCUCUGCAGCCAAGGCAGGAGGAGCCUGGCUGGUCCCAGGGCUCAGCUGGGGCAGUUUGACCACAAACAGGUUUCACCUGGAGCAGGCAAUCUGGAGGCACGUCCACAACCACCCCUGCAGUUCCUUCAGGGUGUGUUUAUAAACCCACACCCCGCCCUCAGCUCAGGGGCUUUCUCUCUCUCUCUUUCUCCUUCCUUUUAUUUUGGUUUUUUUUUUUUCUUUUUUUUUUUUUUAAUUUUUUUUUUUUGUUUUGCCUUUGUGUUUUGGGAGCCUCAGUUUAGAGCUGGGGGGAAUUUGGGAAUUGCUGCCUUGGGGUCUCUGGGAUGUGCUGCUAGAACUUUCCACCCUUCCAGUGCUACCAAGCAGGUAAGGACACAACACCCAGCUCCUCCACUGCCCUGCCCUGGGCUGGCUUUGGGGGCUGCAGCCCAGAGCAGGGCUCUACCCCAGGGCUGGAGGUGGCCGGGGCGUCCCAGCCCUGUCCUUGUCCUGUGUUGUGUCCCAGGUGAAGGACGAUGUCUUCACACAGCUCUGGAGUGGCCUUGGGGCUCGAUUCCCAGCCCAGCUGCGGCACUCCAGUGCCUGUACCGAGGAAUCCCUUCCUGGCACGGCCUCUCCCUCCCCCAUGGAGCUGCUCGCUCGCCCUGCUCGGCCAGGAGGAGAUCGUGGAGAGCUACAAUGGGAGUUCCUGUGAGCUGGGGGUGGCUCUGCUGGACUGCAGCUGCUCGGCCCCCGACCCGCAGCUGGUGCGCAGGAUCGUGGCUCAGGUGGAGUUCUACCUGUCCGAUGAGAACCUGGCCAAGGACGCCUUCCUCCUCAAGCACGUCCAGAAGAACAAGCUGGGCUUUGUCAGCAUCAAACUGCUGACCUCCUUCAAGAAGGUGAAAUACCUGACCCGGGACUGGCGCCUCACCCUCUAUGCCCUCAAGUUCUCGGCGCUGCUGGAGGUGAACAAGGAGGGCACCAAAGUGAGGCGGCGGCUCCCGGUCCCCGAGUACCUGCUGAGCGUCCCCCCCAGCAAACUGCUGCUGGCCUGGGAGCUGCAGCCCCUCGAGCAGGACCUGCCGCUGCAGAAGAACUUCCUGGAGACCAUCACGAGGAUGUUCAGCCCCUUCGGCGCCAUCGCCUCCAUCCGCAUCCUGCGGCCGGGCCGCAAGCUGCCCUCGGAUGUCCGCAGAUACUCGUCGCGCUUCCCCGAGCUGCUGAGCCGCUGCUGUGCCCUGGUGGAGUACGAGAGCCUGGAGAGUGCCCGCAGCGCCUUCGAGAGCCUCGGGCACCGCGACUGGCACAGCAUCAGGGUGGUGCGGCUCUGCGGGAAGGGGGGCACGAAGAAAGCCGGGGAGGAGCGGGCGGGCUGGAAGGUGCCGGCGGCAGCCCUGACCUUCCCCCGCAGCGUCGAGGAGUCCCCGCCCAGCAGCUCCCCGGAGCCGGAUGAUGCCUCAAGGUCGCUCUCCCUCCUCCUGAACAACGACCUGGUGGCACCGACCUGGCCUGGCAGCGACUUCAAGCCUGGAAAUCCCAACGCCUUCACCGGAUCGCUCCUCACCGGCAAAGGCUUCCCUGCGCUCGGGAUGGGCUCGGGCUGCUCUGGCACCGAGAGCCCCCGGGGGUCCUGGACACCGUGGGGCAGCGGCCUCUGUCCUGCUGCCGAAGCUGCUUCCGGCGAUGCCCUGGCAGCACCGUGGGUGUCCGAGCCCCUCGGCCUGUGGGACGGGGUCCUGCGCCUGCCCCACAGCCCCGGGGGGACCAAGGGCUUCGGCAGCACCGUCGGGAGAGGAGAGCUCGUCCUCCGUCGCUGAGACUCCUUCAGAUUCGGGGGUAGGGUUUAUUAUUUUCUUUCUUUUCCCUUCUUCUCUCGAGCAGAAGAAUCUCCUAUGGCCCUGAGAGCUGUGGGCAGUGGCAGUGCAGCUGAUCCAGGGGCAGAAGUUUUGGGGCAAGGACGAUGCUCGAGGCCAAUGCUGAGCAGGAGCUGUGCCAUGCUGUGCUCAUGCCAGUGGGACUGUGCUUGCUCAGGGCCCAGAGCUGGGUUUGGGGUCCAGGUUUUGGAUGAGAAAUGGACAAUAAAGAGAGAUGAAGU